UCCCUCGCGACCUCCCCGCCGCCGCCGCCGAAGCCUCCAUAGCCGCCGCCGCCGAAGCCUCCCGCGCAGCCGCAGCCACAGACCAAGAUGAAGACCAUCCUAGCCUCCGAGACGAUGGACAUCCCCGAGGAGGUCACCGUCAAGGUGGCGGCCAAGGUGGUCACGGUGGAGGGGCCGCGGGGCAAGCUCACCCGCAACUUCAAGCACCUCAACCUCGACUUCCAGCUGCAGGAGGGCGGCCGCAAGCUCAAGGUCGACGCCUGGUUCGGCACCCGACGCACCAUGGCCGCCAUCCGCACCGCUAUCUCCCACGUCCAGAACCUCAUCACCGGGGUCACCAAGGGAUACCGCUACAAGAUGAGGUUCGUCUACGCUCACUUCCCCAUCAACGCAUCCAUCACCAACGCCAACACCGCCAUCGAGAUCAGGAACUUCCUCGGAGAGAAGAAGGUGAGGAAGGUUGACAUGCUUGAAGGUGUGACCAUCCUGCGUUCUGAGAAGGUCAAGGAUGAGCUCAUUCUUGAUGGCAAUGAUAUCGAGCUUGUCUCUCGCUCUGCUGCUCUGAUAAAUCAGAAAUGCCACGUGAAGAACAAGGAUAUCAGGAAGUUCUUGGAUGGUAUCUAUGUGAGUGACAAGGGUCCCAUCGCUGAGGAGUAAGGAGCUCUUUGUAGCUGCUAGGGAAAGCUGUGUUAGAGAGAGUUGGGGUCAUCCUUUUUGUGCUGUGUUAUUGGAUCAGUCAGUUGCGAACUUCACAAGUUUUGGAUCACUCAGUUGCAAACUUCACAAGUUCAUCAGUUUGUACUGUUUUAGGAUGCUAUGUAAUUGGAGGGGUGCUUCUAUGCUAUCGACAUUGUUUGUGAGAGUAUUUUUGUGUUCAUUCAUGUUCCCUGCAUAUCUCCUCCGUUCCUGGUUGAUAAAGAGUUUGAUGUUGGACCCUAUUA